UUCUUCAGUUUUACUCGAAGAGAAGAAAAUCAUGCCUGAACCCGCCAAGUCCGCCCCGAAGAAGGGCUCCAAGAAAGCCGUGACCAAGACGGCUGGUAAGGGAGGCAAGAAGCGCAGAAAGUCCAGGAAGGAGAGCUACGCUAUCUACGUGUACAAGGUGCUGAAGCAGGUCCACCCCGACACCGGCAUUUCCUCCAAGGCGAUGGGCAUCAUGAACUCGUUCGUCAACGACAUCUUCGAGCGCAUCGCCGGUGAGUCGUCCCGUUUGGCUCAUUACAACAAACGCUCCACCAUCACGUCCAGGGAGAUCCAGACCGCCGUGCGCCUGCUUCUUCCCGGUGAGCUGGCCAAGCACGCCGUGUCCGAGGGCACCAAGGCCGUCACCAAGUACACCAGCUCCAAGUAAGAAGUGACGGAGACUUCAUUAAACCCAACGGCUCUUUUAAGAGCCACCCACGUUUUCGCACAAAGAGCC